GAAUUUUCUGGCAGAAGAAGCUUCCUCCUCCAUCCACCAAAUGACAAUUAUCAUUCUUCUCAAUCUCGAACCCUAGCUUGUUCAUCGAAAAUCGAUCGGAAAAAUCACCAUUAAAAUUCAGCUAAGAUGGGGAAACAACCAGUUAAGCUGAGAGCAGUUGUUUACGCCUUAUCGCCAUUCCAACAGAAGAUUAUGCCAGGUCUAUGGAAGGACCUUCCUGGUAAAAUCCAUCACAAAGUCUCUGAAAAUUGGAUCAGCGCUACUCUCUUGCUCGGUCCUCUCAUCGGCACCUACUCGUACGUGCAGCAUUUCCUGGAGAAGGAGAAGUUAGAACACAGAUACUAAGUUAUGUUCGUCAUUUGUCUGGUGACCUACGUAUAACUGAAGUUCUGUUCGUCACUUGUCUGGGGAGGACUGCUAUUUCUAUUUCUGUUUGAACAGGAAAUAAGUCAUGCUUUGGAACUGCUACCGUUAUUUUGAGGAGUUUUACUUUUAUGGUUAAUUAAAUGCAACUAGUUGUUUUAUAGUCUUUUGAAACUUUUGUGCAUCCUGAAUCUUGUACCGAGUUGGAGUCUGCAAAAUAGUUCAUCAUACACCUCAUUUUUUCAUCAAA